AUGAAAUUCAUGAGGUGAGUGGCUGGGAACGUUGCCUGACUACCUUAAUCAUCCCAAUUGGAUGGCCUGGGAUGCUCCACCGUUAAUCACAUUGGCUGGAAACGGACCAAUCCCAUGAUUGCUCAGAGUACUCUAUCUGGUUGACCAUUCUCAGGCCAUGGAGGUGGGGAACCUUCGGUGCUUUUUCCCCUCAUAGGUGCACUGUAAAGCCUUUUUUCAUAAUUCUUCCGGUAGUCUCUAUUUUUGUGAAAAUUUUUAACGAUAUUAGUCGGUUUGGCAACAGUUCGGCAAGAGACUGGAAAGUACCCAUUCCACUGAAUUGAAAAUCGGUAGGGGGGGGCCCUAUCCCAUGUGAAAUACAGUUCGACAAUGCUUUGGGUUUUGGAUACUAAAUGGAUAAACAGGCUGCUUGUCGAUCUUCAGUCGGUCGUGGAAUCUCUACCCUACCAGGGCCUUGUCUUCUGCCUUCUAGAAAAGUGAUACCGUCAAAACCGUGAACGCCAUUCAAAAACCCGGUUAUGAUACACUCUUAUAGGAUUUGCACUAUAAUGCAAACCUUUCAAAUUCCUGUCCGAAUAUCUGAUUGUUGGAGAGCGCAUUGCAUGCCCUACGAUACGGCGUUUCAGCAAAGGAAGCUGUCCAAGGCAGGACUACAGAAUUCAAACUAUUCAAAAUUUCUCCAGCUUACCAAAACCCCUCUGAACGGCGAGUGGACUGGCAGCGGGGCACGUUCCAAUGAACUGCAUAGGAAGGGAAUUUUGUUAGACACAGCGGAAACAGGUAGACAAACAGGUAACAAAUUCGAGGCGGCAGUUUUUGUGCUCUAACAGUCUUCUUCUCUACUUAAUGGAUUCUCAUAAAAUAAAAAAGUGGCUGGGACAAUGGAGCAAGUUCUACAUCCGCCAAAAGAGGUGAAUUAUAUGCCGGUGUAAUGCAGGCGAAGCAGGACAAACUAGAGGCUUUGACUUUUUCGCACAAGAAACAGUAUUUCUUUCCUACCACUGUCAUUUAGCAGCACGAAAUAUUUGGCUUCUAACAUUUACAGUGUAACCCAUAUGGCUUAGCGAAUGGGAUGGAAAAGGCUGAAAUUGCCGUCACUGCAAUAUUUGUAGUCAUCACCCAUAACCUAGUCCUGGGCUACCUGAAGGGACUUUCACGAUUCCCACCACUGCGGACAUUCUGUAACUUGCGAAUUAUAAUAGUACAGUGGAUAUUCUACUUCAUGGAAUGUUGACCGAAAUCCCGAAACUUGCUUUCAUUUCCAAAAAACAACUUUAGUAGGGUCGUAGGGCUGGGUGAUGAUGCUGAUGCUGCUGUUGCUGCUGCUGCUGGUGAUGAUGAUGAUGAUGAUGAUGAUGAUGAUGAUGAUGAUGAUGAUGAUGAUGAUGAUGAUGAUGAUGAUGAUGAUGAUGAUGAUGAUGAUGAUGAUGAUGAUGAUGAUGAUGAUUCAAGUCCAGUGAGCCGAAAACGUUUACUUACUCGACAUAUCUGGACGGCAUAUGGACCAUUUAUUAUGUUGUCCGUGGCCUUGUCCACUAGUGCCCACAUUCUGGCUUCACACUGA